GGUGAAAGUUAGUAGCUCCGUAAUCGUGCUGGAACAGACACGACUUGAGAGCGAAAUAUGGGUGAAAACCAAGACUUUACCGUCUCUUUACAAGACAGCAAGGCUUCAUACGUACUCAGCAAUGUUGCAGAAGUGGUGGAGCGGAUCCUGACGUUCGUACCGACCAAAUCUCUCCUCCGCAUCGCAAGUGUGUGCAGACUGUGGAGAAACUGUGCCCGCAGAGUGCUGAGGACUCAGCAGCAGCUGACCUGGGUGUCAGCCUGUGGACCGUCCAACACAGAGGCCCAUGUCCUCUGCAGCAUCCUGGCUGAGGAGGUGGAGAAAGUGUUUCUCCUGCCCAAAACAGUUCUGGCAUUGGUAGACUGUGAGGCCUUCAAUGGACAAGAAUAUUGCUACAGACAGAAUAAAGCGAAAAGGAGUCGUCACAGUCCAGACACAGCUGAAGAACUGAACCUGCUCUUCCCCAAAGGCUGUGACAUCAUCGGCGUCUCUACACCAGGCAUUGUCUUGACUCCCAGUGGCUCUUGCUCCAGCCUUCCUCAGGAGUACCAGGAGGGGGAGGCUGGCUUUGCCGUCAUGUUCCCCAGCAUAGAAGGUGUCCACAUCAAGCCUUUUCAUUUUUGCAAGAAGUCCAUCUCUCCAACAGCCCUGAAAGAAGCAGGACUGGUUGAGAACCCAGAGCUGCGUGUGGUACUGAUGUUUGUAUAUGAGGCAUAUAAAUCUGGAGGAGCACGCUUCCUCAGCCAAAUACUGGAGCCACUGGCGAAGAGCAAAGCUCUCAUCGCUGGAGGGCUGGUUGAGAGUGUCUUCUCUCCUCCCAAACACUGCUGUAGCCAGGGUGCAUAUGGUGUGGUGGGCCUGGCCCUGAGUGGCCCUAAGGUGCAGGGGGCAUCUGUGCUCUUGGACCAAGACAUCAGCAACCCAAAGGCGGCUGAAGCCACAAUCCGGCGGCUAAAGGCAGCCAAAAUUCCCGAGCGGAACACCCUGGGGUUCAUGUUCGCCUGCGUGGGUAGAGGCCAGAACUACUACAACAACCAGGCCAACGUAGAGGCUGACGCCUUUCACAAGGUGUUCCCCAACACCCCGCUCUUCGGCCUGUUCGGUAACGGCGAGAUUGGCUGCGACCGAAUCGUCAAAGACGACUACACGCUGUGCGACAAUGACACGGACAGUCUGCAGCACGAGUACACUACAGUCAUGACCCUGGUCCAUCUAGGCUGACUGAGCGACCCACAGUGACACUGGACAAACUGGAGAAUAAAGACGACCCGUCAUGAUCCUGUUUGCAACAGCAGUCGGGAACAACAAACAUUUUGUACAGAGUGUUACUCACAUUACCACUCCGGGUAUUGCUGUCACCAUUUCUGCUCGUGAAGCAGGAAACUGAUCCCUGUAGCCAUGAAUGUAAUGGCAUCAUUUAGGGAAAUCGUGUCCCUUGGAGACUGUGCUUAAACACAGCUUCAUAUUAGUAGUGAGUUUCACUAAGUUCAGAUAUAAACAAACCAAUUAUCUCUUUAGUAUUCAGAUGUGAUAGAAUACUCUUGUAAAAUAUGUGUAUAUAUAUUUUUUCCCAAAUUUCGCACACAUUCAAGGCAUAUCUUACCCUCUGACAUCAGCCUUGUGGUCUAUUUGCGUUGCGGGUGAGUAAAAGAUAUACACUUGUGUAUCCCACAAGCUAUUGUUGUAGUUUUUGAUUCAGCGCAGGCACUUUUUAUGAAGGCAAGUAUGAGGAGUAUGGCCCCUCUUCCACACCAUCAAGGUGAUCUUGGUUUGAGUGCUCUUCCUUUUUAUGUAGGUUUUACACUUAUGGUUUUUACACUUUUGUUUCACCAAUGGAAAAAAACGUAAGCCUACAAAUUAAUACUCUUUUUGUAAGAUAUCUAUCUACCGUGGUUAAAUGGGGCACAGGGAAAUCAGUCAGAAUCUUACAGUGCCUCUUUUCUUGUCCACAUGUCAGGUCAUAUCUCUACUACCUAUCUCCAGCUGUUAAUGGUUGCUUCAUCUGGUCUGCUUCUGCAGCUUAAAAGAAAAAAUAAUAAUUCUAAAACAGAAGAGAGAGCUGUGCAAGUGACACAGACGAGCAGAAACUCUCGAUUUCCCCUCACUAUAGCCUUGGUAACUUCUCAGUUUCUAAUUUCAGGAAGCAGUUGUCGCAAAUUAAAGAUAUACUGCCCAGUGUUAAACACAAAAAUUUGUAGUUUGCAUAGAUGAUGAUGUAUUUAGUAUCCAUUGCAAUGUUAAAGGUAGUUUUUGAAACCAUGGUCGUAUAGUCUGAGACUAAAGAGCUGCAUGUUUGGAAAAAAGUCCAAGUUUGACAGAUGCCUUUAUACAAUGUUAACGCAUUAUUUCUGAUGGCAUACUGUUUCCUCACUAAGGAGAAUAUUUUGAUAACAUGAAGGUGCAAUUUCCAAUAUAUAAACAGUCUGUUGGUGAGGUUAUGUUGACGUUCAGCUUUUUUCUAUAACAAAAGCUCCAACAAUGAUAGUUGCAAUAAUUUUUGUGUUCGAGAAAAUUCCAAUAUUUUAGUUUGUAUGAGAAAAAUGAAAGGUCAUUUUGUAUCAUAAUACACAUCUGCCCUUAUAGGUUUCAAAUUAAAAUAUAUUUUAAGUUAGUGUUUAUGGCUCAUUGAUCAAAGUUUUGGUGUCGAUGCACUUUUCUACAUGUGCCAAAUCAUAUCUGCUCAUAUGAUCUGCUCAUUCCCUCAAUAAAUUACAUUCAGUA